GACGACGGGGCACCGGCGUCCCCUUCCCCCGUGUAAUCUUCCACGACGGGCUCCCGCUGCCGCUGCCGGGCGGGCUGGUCGUCCGUUCCCGCACGCAUCCUGCUCCCGUCAGAAUUGCCCUCCCAACCAACCCAAAGCCUCCCCCCAGGCAAGCGUUCAGCCCCAGCGACACGACCAUCCUCCGAUCCCCGGCUCCUUCCUCCUCCCUCCUCCCUCCCACCCCGCCCCGCCCGCCAAUCAUUUCGCUUGCUCGCUUCCAAGUUCCACCGCAGCCGCCGCCGCCGCGCGCAUGCCGCCCGCCGCCCCGCCCCUGUUUCGUAGAGUAUAUAUAUAGCCCCGGGCGGCGAUGAUCAGGCCGCAGGCCGGGCUGCUGCUGCGGUCGCUCGGAGCGGGAGGCGCGCGCCCGGCGGCGGCGUCCAUGAGGUCGGCCACCUCGCUCCUCCUCGGCGCCGCGCUCGCCACCGCCUUCUUCCUCCUCUACACCGCCCUCUGCCGCGACAUCGGCGGCUCCCCCGGCACGCCGCCGCCGCCGCGCUGGGAGCGGGAGGCCGCGAGAAGGCCGUCGACACGGGCGCCACCGCUGCUGAUCGGGAGGUGCGCCGGGACCUCAACCCCAAGCAACGACAACAUGCCGCCGAGGAGGAGGGGAGGAAAGAGGAGGUGACGACGCGCGGCGACGGCGGCGGCGGGCACGGCGGAGGAGGAGAAGAUGAGGAGAGCGGCCGGGACAGCAAGCAGGAGGAGCAGCCGCAGCAGAUUGUGAUGCCCGCGACUUGGACUCCAACGACCAAGCAGCAGGAGCAACAGACCCAGGACGACGAUCUGGCGGACCUGCUCCGGCGAGCGGCGACGGCGGACAAGACGGUGCUGAUGACGGCGAUCAACGAGGCGUGGGCGGCGCCGGGCUCGUUCCUGGACCUGUUCCUGGAGAGCUUCCGGCACGGCGAGGGCACGGCGGACCUGCCGCGGCACCUCCUCAUCGUGGCCAUGGACGGCAAGGCCUUCCGGCGGUGCGUCGCCGUACACGCCUUCUGCUACUGGUUCCGCGUCGCCGGCCUGGACUUCGCCGGCGAGCAGAAGUACAUGAAGGGCGACUAUCUGGAGAUGAUGUGGCGGCGGAACGGGCUCCAGCGGCGCGUCCUGGAGCUCGGCUACAGCUUCCUCUUCACGGACGUGGACAUCCUGUGGUUCCGCUCCCCGUUCCCGCGCCUCCCCGCCGGCGCGCAGGUGGUUAUGUCGUCGGACUUCUUCGUCGGCGACCCGGCCUCGCCGAACAACUACCCCAACGGCGGCCUCCUCUACGCCCGGUCGUCGCCGGCCGCCGUGGCGUUCUACGAGCACUGGCAGGCGGCGCGGGCGCGGUUCCCCGGGAAGCACGAGCAGUACGUGUUCGACAUGAUCGUCAAGGAGGGCGCGCCGGCGGCCGUCGGCGCCGCCGUGCGGUUCCUGGACACGGCCGUCUUCGGCGGCUUCUGCCAGCACGGCAAGGACCUGGGCAGGGUGGCCACCAUGCAUGCCAACUGCUGCGUGGGGCUGGAGAACAAGCUCUUCGACCUCAAGAACGUGCUCGACGACUGGAAGGCGUACAGGGCGCGCGUCGCCGCCGGGGACGACGCGCGGGGGUUCUCGUGGAGGGUGCCCGGGAGAUGCAUACACUGAUGGGCUCCUCAUUCUUACAGUAGUGUGGCUAUUGUAGCUCAUUUUUCUAAUGAGUAUAGAUACAUUUGCAAAUAUGUUUCUUUUUCGUUUUCCGCAAACAAAUUUGAAAGAGACAUGGUGUUAUACAUAUGCACCAACAUCGAGGAGCAGGCAUAUGCAUGAACCAUUCAAGGCUGCAGGCCACAGCCAUGGUUGAUCUACAGCACCCAAAAUGUAUUUUACAACAAGGAUUACAUCCACGCAUGGUCAUCCACGCAUGGUCAAGAUUACAUCGA